ACUCCCUCCGCCCUCCUAGGGCUCCGGCGGCUGUGGAGUGAACGGGACGGGCCCGGCCGCAGAGCGCGGGGAGGCGGGUGGGACUCGAGCGCCAGGCAGAGUUGUUCCGGCCCUGUCCGCGGAGACGUGAGGAGGUGGAUGUGGGAAGAGAAGUUUGUAGAACUGAAAUGGAGGUCAGAGCUUCGUCACAGAAGGUUAGUGGGUCAUCGGAUUCUGUGACUACACCGAACAGUGAAGAAUUUGUUUUGGUUCCUCAGCAUGCAGAUGACACUUCUACAAAAGAUGAUGAAAAACCAGAACUGAAGAUAGUUUCUAAUGGUGAUGAGCAGUUGGAAAAAGCCAUGGAAGAGAUUUUGAGAGAUUCUGAGAAAGGGCAAAGUAGCCUUCUUGUUGAUUGUCCAAGUUCCAGUGAGAUUUCAGACCAUUCAUUUGGAGAUGUUUCAGCCAGCCAACCAAAUAAGCCAUCUCUUCAGUUAAUUUUGGAUCCAUCGAAUACAGAAAUUACACCCAGACCAUCUUCUCCAAGUGGAAUACCUGAAGAAGAUAGUGUUUUAUUUAACAAACUGACCUACUUAGGUUGUAUGAAAGUUUCCUCCCCACGUAAUGAAGUGGAGGCUUUACGGGCAAUGGCAACUAUGAAAUCUUCCAGUCAGUACCCCUUUCCGGUUACCCUGUAUGUGCCAAAUGUUCCAGAAGGCUCUGUGAGAAUCAUAGACCAAUCCAACAAUGUGGAGAUAGCGUCUUUUCCAAUUUAUAAGGUGUUAUUCUGUGCACGUGGACAUGAUGGGACAGCAGAGAGCAAUUGCUUUGCAUUUACAGAGAGUUCCCAUGGUUCAGAAGAAUUCCAAAUACAUGUUUUCUCCUGUGAAAUUAAAGAGGCAGUGAGCAGAAUUUUAUAUAGUUUCUGUACAGCUUUCAAACGUUCUUCUAGACAAGUAUCUGAUGUUAAAGACCCAGUUAUUCCUACCCCUGACAGUGAUGUGUUUACCUUCAGUGUCUCCUUGGAGGUAAAAGAAGAUGAUGGAAAAGGAAACUUUAGUCCUGUGCCUAAGGAUAGAGAUAAAUUUUAUUUCAAAUUAAAACAAGGAAUAGAGAAGAAGGUUGUAAUUACCGUGCAGCAACUUUCUAACAAGGAAUUAGCUAUUGAAAGAUGUUUUGGAAUGUUAUUAAGCCCAGGUCGAAACGUGAAGAACAGUGACAUGCAUUUACUGGAUAUGGAAUCCAUGGGAAAGAGCUAUGAUGGGAGAGCUUAUGUUAUCACUGGCAUGUGGAACCCCAAUGCACCAAUAUUUCUGGCACUUAAUGAAGAAACCCCAAAAGAUAAAAGAGUGUACAUGACUGUAGCUGUGGAUAUGGUCGUCACAGAGGUGGUGGAGCCUGUCCGCUUUCUCCUGGAGACAGUCGUGCGUGUGUACCCUGCAAAUGAGCGAUUUUGGUAUUUCAGCAGGAAGACUUUCACGGAGACUUUUUUCAUGAGGUUGAAACAGUCUGAGGGAAAAGGCCAUACCAAUGCUGGAGAUGCAAUAUAUGAGGUUGUGAGUCUACAGCGAGAGUCUGAGAAGGAGGAACCAGUCACUCCUACUAGUGGAGGGGGUCCAUUGUCACCCCAGGAGGAUGAAGCAGAAGAGGAGAGUGAUAAUGAACUUUCAAGUGGAACAGGUGAUGUGUCUAAGGAUUGUCCUGAGAAGAUCCUAUAUUCUUGGGGAGAAUUGCUAGGAAGAUGGCACAGUAACCUUGGGGCACGACCAAAAGGGCUAUCCACUCUGGUGAAGAGUGGUGUUCCUGAAGCAUUGAGGGCAGAGGUAUGGCAAUUAUUAGCAGGCUGCCAUGACAACCAGGCAAUGCUGGAUAGAUACCGACUUCUUAUCACAAAGGACUCAGCCCAGGAGAGUGUUAUUACCCGAGAUAUUCACCGUACGUUUCCUGCACAUGAUUACUUUAAAGAUACUGGAGGAGAUGGCCAGGAAUCGCUCUAUAAGAUCUGCAAGGCCUACUCUGUCUAUGACGAAGACAUUGGGUACUGUCAAGGACAGUCUUUUCUUGCUGCUGUAUUGCUGCUGCAUAUGCCAGAAGAACAAGCAUUCUGUGUUUUGGUGAAAAUCAUGUACGACUAUGGUUUACGAGACCUCUACAAAAACAACUUUGAAGAUCUUCACUGCAAAUUCUAUCAGUUGGAGAGACUCAUGCAGGAGCAGUUACCGGACCUGCACAGCCAUUUUUCUGAUCUGAACCUGGAAGCUCAUAUGUAUGCAUCCCAGUGGUUUCUCACUCUUUUUACUGCCAAGUUCCCACUCUGCAUGGUCUUCCACAUCAUUGACUUACUGCUUUGUGAGGGUUUGAACAUAAUCUUUCAUGUAGCCUUGGCUCUCCUAAAGACCUCAAAGGAAGAUCUUCUGCAGGCUGAUUUUGAAGGUGCUUUAAAGUUCUUCAGAGUCCAGCUUCCAAAGAGAUACAGGGCGGAAGAAAAUGCAAGAAGGUUAAUGGAGCAGGCUUGCAAUAUUAAGGUACCGACCAAGAAGCUAAAGAAAUAUGAGAAAGAAUAUCAGACAAUGCGAGAGAGUCAGCUGCAGCAGGAAGACCCCAUGGAUAGAUACAAGAGGGAGAACCGGAGAUUACAGGAGGCCAGCAUGAGAUUGGAACAAGAGAAUGAUGACCUUGCCCAUGAACUAGUAACCAGCAAAAUUGCUCUGCGGAAUGACCUGGAUCAGGCAGAGGACAAGGCAGAUGUGUUGAAUAAGGAGCUCCUCUUGACCAAACAGAGGCUGGUGGAAACUGAAGAAGAGAAGAGGAAGCAAGAGGAGGAGACAGCUCAGCUAAAAGAAGUCUUCAGGAAACAGCUAGAGAAGGCAGAAUAUGAAAUAAAGAAGACUACGGCCAUCAUUGCUGAGUAUAAACAGAUCUGUUCCCAGUUGAGUACCAGACUCGAGAAACAACAGGCAGCCAGCAAGGAGGAGCUGGAAGUGGUCAAGGGUAAAAUGAUGGCAUGUAAACACUGCAGUGACAUUUUCAGCAAGGAAGGUGCUCUGAAAGUAGCAGCCAUAAGCAGAGAGGACCAGGGAAUUGAAUCGGAUGAUGAGAAGGACUCUCUUAAGAAGCAGCUGAGGGAGAUGGAGCUGGAAUUGGCACAAACCAAACUGCAGCUGGUGGAGGCCAAGUGUAAAAUCCAGGAACUUGAACAUCAGAGAGGAGCCCUUAUGAAUGAAAUCCAAGCUGCAAAAAACUCUUGGUUUAGCAAAACCCUGAACUCUAUCAAAACGGCCACAGGCACACAGCCCCUGCAGCCACCGCAGGCCACCCAGCCCCCCAAAGAGAGCACGUAGUUCCAGCCUCACCCAAGCACAAGAGCACAAUGAUCAAAGCAACGGUAACCCAGGAAGAUCCUCCCUGGUGUCCCUUUGAAGGAGAGUAAAGGAGGCCAGACAGCAAGUCACGAUCUUUCAGUAGCUCUCACUCUUUCUUGUGCGACACUUUCAAAGGGAUGUAAUUUAAACUAACAUGGUUUAUGUUAAAUACCUGUUUUUGUGCUUCUUCACGGAAGGCCGUGUUCUGAUCCAUCAUAGUAUUACACAUUAUUUUAUAUGCCUGAUGUUUGACUGGAAAUAAGUAAUUCAGAACUAAAUGCUUUUUAUUUAGAGCUAGAAUUAUUCAUAAUUAUUUUUAUCUUACAUAAAAAUGGAGAUGUCUUUUAUUCCAAGAUUGAAGUGAUAGGAAGCUAUUUGUCAUAGAAAAAAGAAAAAAAAAAAGAUUGAAACCUAAACCUCCUAACUUUCAGGAUUUAUUCAGAUAAAGCACUCUGGGGCCAGUCACGACCACUGUCAGGUUUCCUCCUGAAAAUGAUUCCCUGGAUAGUGAUAACCUUGUCCGAAAGAAAGAACAGAUCUGGAAAUGAACAGUUCCCAAGGAGAAUUACUUCAUUUUUAUUUUCUUUGGGGUACAUCUGGAAAUAAAGUGCCAAGAACCACGGAAUAAGGUUAGACUAUUGAGAACACACAUGAGAUAGAAAGAACUGAGGUUUUGACAUAUGCAGGAUAAAAUAAAUCAUUUUGGUCCUACUAUUCUAACAGGUCCCUUUAAGAACUCCAUCUGGGAAUUGCAAGUUCCUAAGAAUGAGCACAGUUGUGACUUCUGGCAAAUGUACAGUCAGAAGUGGAUGCUGUGAGUUGCAUCUUUAGGGAUCUUCACAAGAGAAGCUAGAAAGGCCCAGGAACAGCUGUUGUGCUUAGAAUGGAAUAGAACCAGAGACAGAGUAUUUCAUUUAAUGUUGUUAUAUACUUGCUAAGGAAACACUAAUAUACUAUAACUUUGUUAAAGUUAUGAAAUGGGAAAUAGAGGUCAGCUUCAUGUCAUCUUAGUGUAAUAUUAGGCAACUUUUUCUGAUUUCUGUAGCUUCCUAAAAAUGUGCCCCUGGUACCCCUAGAUAAAGAGAUGCAAAUGCAUUUGUAACAUUUUUGAUUGCAUAUAAAACCUUUAUAGAAAUACUUAUCUCAUGGAAAGGUAAAGCUAUUGUUUAAAAGUUGAUGGAAAUAUUUUUUUCAAUUAUAUUUAACAUGUCUUUAUAAAUAGACCUUGCAGGAAAAUCCUUUGGUAAGGGAAAAACUAAUUUUCCCAUUUUUAAAGCUGUUUUGGAGGCCUUUGGUCCUUUUACACCAACCAAACUACUGUCAGCUAUGUACAGUAACAUGUAUUGAUACUCUUCCUUGGCUUCGUUGUUGAGCAUAUUUUUUGCAAGGGAUCUUAAACUCUGCAGUGCCAGAGCAAUUCUCAUCUGUGCCAUACGUCGCAGUUAAAAGUAAUAUACUCUUGGAGGUAAAAAGCAUAAAAACCAUAUUCACUCCAGGAGCAUGCACUACAAGCUCUUCACGGUGGAUCCUUUCCUCAAAAAUAAUCAUUAAACUCUAAAAAGUUAAGUCCCUUUCAUCAGUAAGUGUUCAUAUCACCUAUAACCCAUAAAACUGAUGUGGCUGUUAUCCUUCGUCACACUCAUCAAAUAAUACUUUUCUUACAAAAAUUUUUUUUUUUUGUCCUCCACAUCUUUUAUCAUAGUUUUCAUUUCCUUUCACCCAAAAGGAAAGUAACUCAGCAUUCUGAGUAUCUGUGUUGACUUUAACAUUCACUACAUGGUGGUUUAGAAAAGGUAAUUUUUUUUCUUUUUUUGUAAAAUAUAAUGGCUAGAAAAUUGCAUCUUGGUACUUGUUUCUAUAAAUCAUUUAGUAUAAUUUGUUAGCUUUACUGGUACUUCAUGCUUUAGAUCCCAAGAAGCCUUGUACACGUUGCCUUAUCAAAUGGCUAGCUAAAUUAAAGCUCUUCUUUUGUGUUUUGUGACUCUCAUAAAUCUAACUGUACAGAGCUCUUAUACCAUUUCACAGAAUGCCUAAAUUGAAUAAUUUUCCUUAAAUGGCAGUUGAGAGAGAAAUAGCUGUACGUCCUUACCUGUAGUUAUUACCUGUAGACAUGGCUCAAUUUCAUAGCCCCUUAUAUUUUUUUCUUUAAACAAAAUCAGUAGGUACAUACAUUCCAAACAUUUAAUAAAUUCAUCUUUUGCAUUUUUAAAAACUCUUUUAAAAGAUUAUAAUGACCAUCUAUAGAUUUUUUUUUUUUGUACCCUUCUCCAGUUCCGAAUCAUACUUGGGUAUGCGUAUUGGUACCAUAGACUAAACUGGCCCUCCCUGCAAUGCCUUUGGGUGAGUAGCAACUGCAAAUACAGAAAAAAAGAAAAUUGAAAAGUUGGUAAAUUAUUCAUAUAAUGUUAUAAUAGCACUGUCUCAAACCACAUGUCCUUUACCAUGUAUUGAUUAAAAACUCAUGCAUCCAAGCAUUAAGUAACUGCUAAUUUUAAUUUCUCUUAUUUUGAGUAUAUUUGAAAAUUGCUACUCCUCUCUUGAUUUCUUUUAGAAGGAGAUUGACCAGCCCAAAUAUCCAGGAAAUUUCCAAAUUUCCAAGUGUUUUUCUUCUUUCCCUAGUAUAAAACAGCCAACAUUUGCAGCAUUCUGAAAAGUGAUUUUUUUUCAUUAAAUUCUGCAGAAUCAAUUAAGGGAAUGAAAUUCAAUUUGACAAUUCAAUCAUUAGCUUUUAUAUCUUAAGAAUCUUAACACAUUCCUUAAAGCUGAAAGAAACCAAGCUGAAUUUUGCAGUGCAUUGUUUGCUAGCUUCCUACAUCCUGAGCCAUGGCACAAUUUAGUUAUAUUUAGUUACAUAUGAUUUAAUGCAAAAGAAUUUUCAGUUACCUAUAAUGUUUUAUAUAUGAGUGCCUAUCAGAAACACUAAUAGGAAUGUGACAUAGGCCUAUGGCCUAUUUUUCCAUGCAACCAGUAACACUCUUCCCCUCUCCCAGCUAUUAAGUUAGUAGUUUAUUCUUCAUUGGCUUUCUUAAAUUUCCAUAAUAAGGUAGGAAAGUAAUCUUUGUACUAAUGUUGGGAUAUUUAAUAGUAUUUAUCUUGUUUCCAUUGUUUUCAAAAAUUUUAAUUCUCUUAUGCUAUGUAUUAAUAUUUAUUUUUCUCAAACCUUUACUCCAUUUUCUUAAAAUAUUUUCCAGCUAAUAACUAGUGGUUAAUUUCCUAGCUAAACUGAGAAAAACAAGAGGAUACAUAGUUUAGGGCACAAGAGGUGAGAGUUAGAUCCUUUAAGUUGAUUAGUUACAAAUCAUUCUGCUAAGGUAGUUGUCUGAUUUCAGGAUCCUUUUAGAGAGAAAGGAGCCUUUAAAAAAUCAAAUACUUUGUUUUAGCUUUCUUGAAAAGAACACUUUUAUUUACUAAGAUGAUUCCGUUGUAUAACUUACUCUUUACAAAAAAACACUCUAAAGUAGCUCUGAUUCUCUUGCUUCAGUUACAAGUAGAUGAGAGCGUGGACAAACUCUGUUGUUUGAUUUGAAUGUUGUGAGGUGUGUGUGUGUUUGUGUGUGUGUGUGAGUGUGUGUGUGUGUGUGUGAAAGAGAGAUUGGUAGAAUUUUAUAUGGAGUCCCUGCCUCUUUUGAAUACCCAGGUACCAUGCAACUGAACAUGCACAUGGUGAUCAGAUAUAGAAGGCCAGACACAGCUCAGUGGCCUGUUUUCCUACCAGACGUAACUUGUUCCCUCUAGUUGCCAUGCUGGUAACAUUGAACUGGAACUGCUCCACAACAUACUUCCUCUCUUAGAGUGGCUUCCAUACAAUACAGGCAAAGCCCUGAGGCAUUUUCCUACCUUUCAAAAGCUAUCAAAACAAAUACUUCAGUAUGGGCUGCACCUCAGUAGGAGAUGAUCUUGAGUUGUAAGGAGAAAAGUGGAUGUUUACAAGUAGCCUAGUAACUACAGUCAGCUGUCAGAUGUUCCCUACUAAGCUUCCAUCUAAAAGACUACAUGUUAAGUUUAUCUUCAAAUGAAUUUGCUACCUGCUAUAAAAACAUCUUCACCAACACGUCCCACUCUCCCCACCCCCACCCCUGGUUUAUCAUUUGUGGUAUUCUGAAAACUUUAAAAGAAUCAUUGAGUAGAAAAUUAAUAUUUUAAGUUUCUUUCCCUUUUCAUUGGCAAUAAAUUAACAUGUAAAAUCUGUUAAUAACUAUAUAUUAUAUAUGGACUAAAAUAUAGGAAACUGAUUGAUACGGACAUAAAUACAUCAAGACUCUGGUGUCAUGAAAGCACAAGAAUAAAGCCUGGAAAUGGUCCCAGAAUCCAAGAUUCCAAUAACCUUUGCAUCAGUUUCACUAUUUUUGGUAUUUUGCAUAAUAUAUGGAUCCUUAAUUCAAAUAAAGAAAAAAAGUUUCUCAGCCCCACUUUAUUUAUUUCAAUUCCUACCUUUCCCCUUGCUGGGGAGGUAGUAGAAAUUCUAUGCCAUCUAUUUUUGUGAAUUCUAUGAUUUUGUCCAUGGCUUCUCCAAUGAAAACAGGUUCCAGAAUAAAGGAGUUGAUUAGACCAAACUGCUAAUUGACUACAAAAGAAAUUAGUGAGCAGCUUUUCUCCUCUCUAAACACUGACCAAUUAGAUGUUUCCAUAAUUCCAUGUAUUAUGUAUAGUACACUCUAUAAAUGUAAAUGUAAUGCUUGUUAAGAAAAGUGCAAUUUAUUGUACAUUGUCCCAACAAAUGUUUACUUUUAUAAUUGUUAUGAACUUGAAUUGGAUUAGUAUCUUGUUUUCACGUGUGAAUGAAGCCUUGUGAAGUAAACAAAUGCAAGAAGGUAGCAAGGUGACUGUUUUUGUGAGCCAGUGAUGUUUUCAAUGCUUUGUGUUGCCCCUUUGGCCCCAUUAAGCAGUAAUAAACAUUUGUUCUGGAAACCA